AUGACUCCUGCCUCUUCAUCUACUACAAUAUUUGACCUUUCAAAAGAAGAUCUAAGGUCAAUUUUGCAAACUUUAAAACCAACUCUUGAUGAAAAUUUAACGAAAUCAAUGUCAGUUUGUGAACUUCGAACUUGCAUUACUGAAUGGUUAAUGUUAAAUGAUUUAUCAACAAUGCAUCAUUUUGAGCAGAUAGAAAACUCCCAGCAGUGGAAAAUACCUGACAAAGCUGAUCAUUGUGUUUCCUGCGGAAAAUACACAGUAACAUCCAUUGGUGAUUCAGCAGCAAAAACUACGAAUACAAUUAUUGAGCAGCCACUAACAAGUCGAGAAUCGUUGGUAUUCGUUGGAAGGUCAACCACUUUACCGUUAUCUGUUUUACAAAUCAUCGACUUUACAAAACCUGCAAAUGCAACGGUUAUUCUCAAAACAUUAAAUGAUCGAAAUGGUAAUGAAGUGACUAAUAAGAAAAAACACGGCUAUGAUUAUGGCAAAGAUUUAUGCAUAGAUUUUGCUCAGUGGGCAUUUCCAAAUUUCAAAUGCUUUUCGAGACAUGAAGAAGAUUGGGGAAAUGUAUCAAAAAAUACUUCCACUGUUAAUUCUUCAAACAAUUUUAUGUGCUUUUCGUGUAAAAGUUAA